AUGGAGCUCGUACCCGCGUCCCGAUUGACGGCAUCGCAGGCAGCUCAGCUCCUCGAGCUCGUCACGAUCUCGAUGCAAGACGAGCCGCCGAUGAUGGCGCUGGACCCGGACAGCGCCGCGCAGCGCUACGUCAUCACGAAGUGGCUCACCGAGAAGCGCCUGUCCGCCAACGUCGCCGCCUCGUACGUCUACCUCGAUGACGACGGCCGCAUCAUCGCCCAUGGCAUUCUUGGCUUCUUCUUCGCGCCCUACUACAUUGGCUGGGCUGCGUUUCGCCGGCUGCAAGUGCUCAUGAGCGACCUUCACGACGCCGGCCCCGACGCGUACAAGCUGCAGGCGCUCGCAGUGGACCCGACGCGGCGUGGUCAAGGGAUCGGGACGCGCUUCGUGCAAUCGCUAUUGCACGAGGCCCUGCCAGCGGGCGCGACCGUCCAGCUCUUCACGCAGGUUGACCGCAACGUCUCAUUCUACGAAAAGCUCGGUUUCUGCACCGUAGCGACGGCGACGACGACCGUGGAAGACUACGCGUUCCCGAAUUACGUCAUGACCGCGACGCCGUAA